AUGAUGAUGAUGAUGUUUGUGAGGAAGAAGACGGGUGCGUCCCCAGCCACUUACAGAGUUCGUAAUCUUUUAGAUGCACUCCAGGCUUCUGGAUAUUCCAGUGGAUGGACGUCUUGCAGAGAUGACCAGCACCAAUGGCCAUCGGUGGUGGAGGAAUCGAAUGAGUUCAAUAUCCUAAUCAUUGAUCUCAACUCAGAUGAUGCAGCGUUGCGUAAGGCCACUUUGGAGCUAAUAUCUGAUGCUUGUCGUGAGUGGGGGUUCUUCCAGGUGGUAAACCAUCGUGUCAGCCACCAACUCAUGGCGGAGACACAGAAGGAGUGUCGAGAGUUCUUCCAGCUUACCGUGGAGGAGAAGCAGAAGUACGCUAACUCACCGGAGACUUAUGAGGGAUACGCAAGUCAUGUUGGGGUGGUGAAAGGUGCCAAAUUGGAUUGGAGUGAUUACUUCUUCCCUAACUAUCAGCCUCUUUCUUCAAGAGACGACGGAAGUCAAUUUUUUCAAUCAAUAUAA